AUGUCCAACGAAUCUUCGGCGCGGCGCAUCCUGCCUCAAAGCUCACAAAUGAGCUCCUUUGCCUUUGCGCCACAGCAAUACCCUCAAAGGGAAACACAGAAGAACUAUGUUUUCGUUGACGAGCACAACCGCCACAAGCGACUGAAAGGCUGCGACUUCCACUGCGUGCGACCAAACGGACAGUAUGACGGAACCUCUGACUCGGGAGCCUAUGAUUCGUCCCCAACUGCCACCGACUACGCCGACGCGGGUCAGCUGCAAGACAGCUUCCGCCAGAUGCCCAUGCAACAGCAGCAGACCUCAAUGAUUGCGAAUGCGCCCAAGCCUGGACCGGCAAUCCCUCCUCACCACCAGGGCUCCAAACCGCACUCCUCCUCUCCCGGCGCGUACUCUCAAGAUGAGUACCAGCAGCAAGACCUGUCAGAUUUGCUAGGAUCGUUGAAGAUGGACGAGGCAGGAUCAGGAACAGGGCAACGUUCAGACAGGAAGAAGAACCUGCUGUCGAGGAGGCCGACGACUACAAGAGCCACCUACCUGCUUUUUUUGCCUGCACCGGGCCUUAAAAUUCGCAUCCCACCAGAACUCAUGCCCGACGACGACACGGCAGAGCACUACCUCGAUCUGUACUUUGGCCACGUUCACCCUUAUGUUCCUGUGUUGAGCAAGACAAUAUUUUACCAGCAAUGGAACUCCAACAGGGACGCCAUCUCGCCACUCAUCCUUGAGGCCAUCUUUGCAAUCGGCGGACGACUAGCAGAUGAGCCGGCCCAAGGUCAACAGUGGCUGGCUUUGGCCAGCAAUCACGCCGACGCAUUCAUGGAUAUUCCACGACUGAGCACGCUACAGGCGCUGUUGAUUAUACUAAAAGCAAGGGAAGCCGCGCCGAAGCGAGGUUACUACUACCGAUCCUGGAUGACGGUCGUGCAGUGCGUUCAGAUGGCAAAGGAUCUUGGCCUCGACGAGCACUAUUCCGACCAUCAGACCGGCCGACCUUGCGAUUCAAGCCCGAUGGAAUGCCAGCUGAAGAGCCGGAUUUGGCAGACCAUUUUCGCGUGUGAAGUCAUGGUUGGAUCUCCGCAAGGGAGGACCGAUCUGGCGGUCGAACUUGACACGAUUGACUUCAGUAUACCUCGUCCUAUACCCGGGGCUGAUGAACUCGAAUACAAUAUCUCUCGCAACUUUACGUAUCUCGCCCGGAUCGUCAAGAACAUCAGUCGAAUGAAUACAGUUUAUGGCCGCCUGCGAAAAACAAAGAAAGAUUGGGGAGUCGACCCAGAUUUUGUACAGCUCAACCCUUCUCUAAACUCGUGGUUAAACGACCUCCCAGGCGACCUGUCGGUGACGUUUCCACCCGAUGGAUCUGCGCCGUGGCUCUCGUCGCCGUUUAUCGGCAACCUACACUCGUACUACUACCUGGCGCAAAUCCUGCUGCACCGGCCGCAGCUGGCGUUUUUGGACCCCAAUGGCGCAGACGGCCAGUGGAAGCACCACAUGAUGAUUUGCUACAAUUCUGCCAAGGCGCUCUGCCGCCUGCAGGAGGCAGUCGUCAACAGCUUUGGCUUCACAGGCCUGCAGUGCAUGCAGCGCGGGUUCAGCUUCACCAUCUACUGCGGCUUGACGUGCAUUGUUCUCCACCUGGUGGGUGUGGCAAUCACGUCUCCGGACCCGGAUCUGAACGUUGACGCGCGGGACUACUUUGCGCGUCACAUGCGAGUUCUCGAGAGGGUCAUGUCGGUUUGGCCCAUGGCGGAUCUCCAAAAGCCGGUCGACGCCGUUCGAGAAGCAUUCUCUGCUGACACCAGGAAACCAUUCGUACUGAAGCCGAGCUUCCCAUAUGGCAGCCCACACUCUUCGAACCAGUCGCCGUCGCCUCACAUCAACACGGGAUACCGGCCAUCACCGCUGUCUCAGGCGGGUUCGCUUGAACCGCGACUUGAUACGCAAAACAUGCACCAACAGCACUCCCAAGUUAGUUAUAGCCACCCCAUGACGCCACCCAUAUCCGCCGGACCUCUGGACACGAGGAGUGACUCGCCUGGUGUACAGUCACUCGUAAUGAUGUCGAGCCAAGGCUCCCAAGCGCCUGGGAUGCCACCGACGAUGCCCCUUGCGGAAGCGCCGGCCUGGAAUCCGCAGAGAAUUUUCGAACAAUGGAAUACGUCAUUUGGUACGCCUCAAGUCCAGGCACAGUCGACCAGCGUCCCCACCCAGACCAACGCGCUUAACGUUUCCCCGUCUUCAGGUCAACCCGAAGCCCCAUCCAUCCAGGAUAUCCAAGCUGCCACGGCCAGCAUGCCUGUCGCCGCACAGCAAAUGCCGGCCCAGCAAUACUCGGCGGCUCCUGUCCAAACGUUUGUCACGCCAGCCAUGUGGCAAGAAUCAGUGGCCAGCGUAUACGAAGGCGGUCUCAAGCGCGCCUGGGACUAUGAAGGCGGUCCGGUGAUGAAGCGUCAGCGCUAA